CCAUGUCGAUAAAGCUAGAGAAUGUGUGUAAUCUAAAAAACGAGACUUAGUAUUGGGCUACAUGGGCCGAAGUUACGCUUCUUAGUGGGCUUAUUAGUUCACAUUACCAAAACGAAUCGUUUUAUCUCUAAACGACUGUUCGGCGAUUCCGACGCCAUCCCACCCGAAGUCCCGGAGAAAUCGAAAUCGAAAUCGAAAUCGAUCGUAGCUUUCUUUGUUCCCUUCGCUUCAGAAAGAUCAGAGUAAAGCUUUUAAAAGAGACAGCUUUCAUUUGGAUGGGGAAGUCUCUGUAGGUAAACCUAUAUAGUGAUAUAUGGAGGCACAGAUUCAUCUACUUGAGCAGGAAGCAUAUAUCGCUGUUUUAAAGGGCUUUUGAAGCCCAGUCUGAUGCAAUUUCUUGGGACAAAGAGGGUUUGAUAACGGAAUUGCGUAAAGAACUGAGAGUGUCUGAUGACGAACAUCGAGAGCUUCUGAGCAGGGUUAAUAAGGAUGAUACUAUCGGACGGAUAAGGUCAGAGAUUGGAGGCAGGGAGGCGGAAGCCAAGUUCCUUCUAGACAUGCAACUAAUCAGGGUUUCGAUGUUGUUCCUAGUCCAACUCUCUCAGCUUCCCGGAAGAAACAGAAGACAUUCCAAUCUUAUCAUCCAAUAGUCGUGUGGUACCUCGUGGCGUAUCAGCAAAUGAAUCUGCUGAAGCUCUUAUUGGAAGAAAAGUGUGGACAAAAUGGUCUGAAGAUAACAACUUUUACGAAGCAAUUAUAACCCAGUACAACGCAGUUGAGGGUCGGCAUGCUUGUACGAUAUAAACGCAGUGAAUGAAACUUGGGAAUGGGUUGACUCAAGGAGAUUUCACCGGAAGAUAUUAGUUGGGAUGGAGAGGAGAAUGGGGCAGCUUUAAACGUUGGAGUUGGAAGUGGAUCAACCCGCGGCAACCGAAGAAACCAAAGCCAUUUUGGUAGAGGGAGAGGACCAAGAAUUCAUCAACCGAGAAAUGAAUUUGUACGACUUCCAACACAACAGAAUGGUGGUGAUGUUGUUGAUCGGAGAACUUAUUUUGCUGAUAUUGAAUUGUUCAACACAGACUCGCUUGUGAAGGAAGUUAGUUUUCUUUUCUAUCUGCUCUUACACAUUGUAGGAGAUGGAUUACAUCCCUCCACAAGGCCCAUCGAAUAACAGGCCCUAGCCCGGCAAGCUUGACCAGUUUAGUCGGUUUAAGCGGUUAAAGAUGUCGGCUCGACUCCAGAGUAUUUUUAGCCAAUCAGUUAAGCCGAUCAAGUAUGCUCGGCUUAGAGAGAACAGUACCAAAGCCCGCAUACUCGGCCUUUAGCGACAGGGCCCAAAGGACGACACGAUUAGGGCAUCACGGACGAGGACACUAUAAGAGGGGAUGAGGAGACAACGAAAAGAGGAUUUUUUGGCAAGACAGACAGAAGCGGCUAGAUCUAGGGUUUCCGAAUCAUCUCUUUGACCCUGUUGCUUAAACCUUUGAUCUUGUCUCCUUAUUUCCCGUCAAUCUUGUAACCUCUUGUUUGAUUCUAAUAAAAGCGUCUUUAGUCACCCCAUUCUGAAGUUCAUCAUUCUAAUCAACCGAAUCUUGCACAAACAAUUGGCGCCCACCGUGGGACCCGACUAAAGUAACAUUCUAGAUCUACAUGGUUCAAAACGACGCCACCCUCGGCGCUCCGGGCGGUGAACCAACCCCAACGCCCGAAGCCGCGCCGCCCAUCACCGCAUAUUUCAUGAGCUCUAUCAUGGCUCGACUUGCUCAUCAAGACGAAAUCCAAAAGACGGCCAACGACCAGUUAGCUGCUCUGGUCGGGGCCCUCACAGCUCCCGACGGCCAAACAAGCCAUCCCCAGUAGAUACGCCGUCGCCUCUUUAACACCAACCCGACGGCGAUCGAAGGCGAACAUAUCUCAGACGACUCCGAGCCUAACGAAACCCUUCUCGCCGACCACCCCCCUGUAGGUUCUGAUCUAGCAACCAUACGCGAACUCGCCGAGCUCAAACUCAGCUUCCAACAAAUGAGCAAGAAGAUCCAUCAAGUAACCAGCGCGGCUCCGCAAAUCGAGAGCGUCCUCGCCGCAACAUCAUGCACUCUGUUUACUAGCGCUCUGACCAGUGUCCAACUCGGAAAGAUAGAAAAACUGCGCCUACCCGAGUACAAACCCGGCGGAGACCCAGUGGAACACAUGACAGCUUUCAACAUUGCGAUGGCGCGGGCUCGACUCCCAGACGAAGAAAGGGACGCAGGCUACUGCCAACUGUUCGUCGAAACUCUCCACGAGCAAGCCCUAACCUGGUUUUUCCAGUUAGAAGAAAACUCCAUCGGAAGCUUCUGCGACUAGUCAGCAGCUUUUCUCAAGACUUACAUUAUGUUCACCAAGCGCAGCGCUACUGCCUCUAGCUUGUGGAACCUCAACCAAACCAAAGACCAGAGCCUUCGCGACUACAUGGAGAAGUUCAAAGCCGUAGUCUCGAGGAUUGAAAUUCCAGACGGUAUCGCCAUUGACGCCUUGCAGAACACGUUGUGGGUCCGUUCUAAAUUCCGGGAGGAUCUAUACCAAAACCCAACUACGUCGCUCCAGGACGCUAUCGCGCGAUCUGACAAUUUCAUCUGAUUGGAAGAAGAUACUAACGCCAUUCUCAGCAAGAUGAACGCACCCAAAGCUCCAGCGGCUAAAAACGCCAACACGCGACAAGAACCGCGCCAGCAUGCUCCAACCGACAAAAACGGCCGCAAAGACGGAUACAUGUAUGUUGUCAACGAGAACAACGCGCCGGUUUCAACUCUCGUAGUCCGCGGAGAGGGAUGGAAUAAGUGGGUAAGGGAGCUCGAUUCGCCCGACAAACCAGUCGAUACUGUUUGCACCACCCAACCUACAGCCGGAGCCGGGUCAGCAGCGGGGCCUUCCAGGAUCGUCGAUCUCACCAAGCAUUGCAAAUAUCACGACGUCAAGGGACAUGAUACCACAGAAUGCAAAUCACUCUACGCUCAUUAUCUCUCGUCCCUUGCGAGCGGUGAAUUUAAGUUCGAACCCUUGAAAGCUAAACCAAAAAAUGGCACCGGCAAAGGUCGACAAAACGACGCUCAACGACGAGACGACGAGGAGGAAUCCCCGAAGGAUAACGGUGAGGGAGACUCCUCAGCCGACGAAGAGCAUCCUGCUAAUCGCAGACGCAUCGAGGUUAUACUCUCUCAGCAAUCUUUGUCGUCCGACGACGAUAACAACGAUGCACCUGUACUCGGAGAUCUGAGAGACGUCCUGAAACGGAAGUUCGAGUCCGAAAAUGAUAGCAGUCCCAAGCACAGAGAUCUCCGGACGAUGCUGGAUACACGGAAGUCUCAACGUAUCUCGACAAGCGACGCUAACAACAACAAAGGGCCAAUUAGCGACCUCCGAGAUAAACUCAACGCCGGCGCAUGCGACCUUCGCAUACAGCUCAACCAUUCCAAACCAACGGACUUACGACGACAGUUGGAGCGAGCUAAAGGUCAUUCUCAACCUCCAGCGCAUGACCACAGAAUAUCCACAGACCUCCGCACCUUGUUAGACUCUAAGCGAGUACAAACGGGACAGUCGUUGAAUGUCAUCAUGGGAGGCUCCCCUCCUAGGGGGGACUCUGUCCGUUCUGUAAAAGACUAUCGUCGACAAGUCGCGACUUCCCAGAAGUGGCCGACUAAGCCGACAAGUCAUUCUCCGAUAACCCUCUCACCGGACGACGCUGAAGGAGUUCACGCUCCCCAUAAUGAUCCUCUUCUCGUCGUCCUUGGAAUUGUAGAGUAUGACGUCACCAAGAUCCUCAUUGACACCGGAAGUUCCGUCGACCUCAUCUUCCGAGGAACUCUGCAGAAGAUGGAAGUCGAUCUUGACGACAUAAAAGCGUCCUCCAGAACAUUAACCGGAUUCAAUGGAUCCUCCGAAACUAUCUUGGGAACGAUCCGCCUCCCGGUACGCGCGUGUGGCGUUACUCGAACGGUUAAGUUUGCCGUUGUAAGCACAAAAGCUCCGUAUCACGCUAUACUCGGCACCCCUUGGCUACACUCGAUAGAAGCUGUUCCUUCCACCUACCACCAGUGCGUCAAGUUCCCUGGCACGGACGGAAGGAUAAAAACGUUGCGAGGGGAUCAAAAGGCCGCUAGGGAUCUCCUAGUCGCCAUAGUCAAACUCCAACGGUCAUCUCUACCCGUUAAUUCUGUGUCUCCCCCAACCUCAAAAGUCUGUUCCCAGGAAAGCGAGGUUCUCGAGUUACCUAUUGACGACGCCGAUCAAAGUCGAACCGUAAGGGUUGGUGCAUACCUUUCUGAGGAAAUGCAGCAGUCAAUUCUGGAUUUCCUCAGGAAGAACGUGUCUACAUUUGCUUGGUCUAUGGCAGACAUGAAGGGCAUUGACCCGACUAUAACGACUCACGAACUAAACGUCGACCCAACGUUCAAACCUAUCCGCCAGAAGCGACGUAAGCUCGGCCCUGACAGGUCGAAGGCCGUAAACGAAGAAGUUGACAAGCUACUCGGCGCAGGUUCGAUACCCCGAAUGGUUGGCAAAUCCGGUAGUCGUCAAAAAGAAAAAUGGCAAGUGGCGCGUCUGCGUCGAUUUCACCGAUCUGAAUGAAGCCUGCCCAAAGGAUAUUUACCCUCUCCCCAACAUCGACCGUUUAGUCGAGUCUACGGCCGGAAACGAGAUGCUAACCUUCAUGGACGCCUUCUCUGGAUACAAUCAAAUAAUGAUGCACCCGGAUGAUCGCGAGAAGACGGCCUUCAUCACAGACAGGGGAACCUAUUGCUAUAAGGUCAUGCCGUUCGGUUUGAAGAACGCCGGAGCAACCUAUCAACGACUUGUAAACAAGAUGUUCGCAGACAAGCUGGGCAUCACCAUGGAAGUGUACAUCGAUGACAUGCUGGUUAAGUCUCUCCAUGCCACCGAUCACCUCCGUCAUCUGCAAGAAUGCUUCGAAACUCUCAACAAAUACGGCAUGAAGCUGAACCCAGCAAAAUGCACGUUCGGAGUCUCUCCAGGCGAGUUCCUCGGCUACAUAGUCACACAGCGAGGAAUCGAGGCAAAUCCGAAGCAAAUAUCCGCUGUCCUGAACCUCCCGAGUCUAAAAAACAGUAGAGAAGUACAACGGCUCACGGGCAGGAUAGCUGCUCUAAAUCGUUUCAUCUCCAGAUCCACCGACAAGUGCCUGCCCUUUUACGAUCUCUUACGAGGAAACAAGAGGUUCAUUUGGGACGAGAAGUGCGAGGAUGCAUUUACUCAACUCAAGCAUUACCUGACAACACCUCCAGUACUCGCUAAGCCAGACGUCGGUGAUGUUCUAUCUCUUUAUGUCGCAGUGUCACAAGCUGCAUCACAAGCUGCAGUCAGCAGCGUUCAUAUAAAGGAAGACCGUGGCGAACAAAAGCCCAUCUUCUGCACGAACAGGCGCAUGACCGGACCAGAGACGCGAUACCCAACCCUGGAGAAGAUGGCUUUGGCAGUCGUCGAAGCAGCGAGAAAGCUUCGACCAUAUUUCCAGUCGCAUUCAGUGGAGGUACUGACUGACCAGCCUCUCCGAACGAUACUCCAAAACACCAACAGAUCGGGCAGACUCACGAAGUGGGCCAUCGAACUCGGCGAGCUCGAUAUCACCUACAAGAACCGCACAGCGGCGAAAUCCCAAGUCCUUGCGGACUUCCUGGUCGAGUUGGCCCCAGAAUUGGAGCAAGAUCUCACACUCCCAAGCUCAAACUGGACGCUGCACGUCGAUGGAUCGUCGACCAACAAGGGAGCAGGUGCCGGAGUCCAACUACAGUCCCCGACCGGUGAACUAAUCAGGCAGUCUUUCAGUUUUGGCUUUCCUGCAUCAAACAACGAAGCAGAGUACGAAUCUCUAAUCGUUGGACUCCGCUUAGCAAAAGCCGUAAAAGCUAAACGACUAAGCGUCUAUUGCGACUCCCAGUUAGUCGACAGUCAGUUCAGCGGCGACUACGAUGCCCGCAACGACCGAAUGGACGCCUAUCUCAAAAUAGUGCAAAGCCUGGCAGCAGAGUUCGAGUUCUUCGAACUCAUCAAAAUUCUCAGAGGCGAAAACGUCUGCGCCGACGCCCUCGCGGCCCUUGGCAGCAAGCUUCAUGAUCAAGUUAAACGAACCAUCCCGAUACAUCGUAUCGAGAAACCAAGCAUCGAUAUACCGACCGACUAAACCCUCGUUGCCCCGGUCAUCGAACCCGCUACUCCAGACGACGACGGAUUUGGUCCAGAUUGGAGAACUGAGUUCAUCGACUACCUCUCGAAGGGAGAACUCCCAACAGAAAAACGGGCGGCUCGCCGACUAAAAACACGCAGCGCCCAUUACGUCGUUCUUGACGAUGAACUGCACCGAUGGACCGCGAGUAAAGUGCUCCUAAAAUGCAUCCAUGGCAAUGAGACAGCAAGGGUCAUGGCAGAGACGCACGAAGGCGCUGGCGGAAAUCAUUCGGGCGGACGUGCAUUAGCGAUCAAAGUAAGGAGCUUGGGAUUCUUCUGGCCAACAAUGAACGCAAAUUGCGAGUCUUACGCGAGAAGCUGCGACAAGUGCCAACGUCACGCACCUAGCAUCCAUUGUCCAACCGAAAUGUUGCGAACAAACACCACCCCAUACCCGUUCAUGCGAUGGGUAAUGGACAUCAUAGGACCACUUCCCUGUUCCCGCCAAAGACGCUUCAUCCUCAUCCUCACCGACUACUUCACCAAAUGGAUCGAAGCUGAAGCAUACGCUCAAGUCACAGACAAAGAAGUCCGCGGUUUCGUCUAGAAAAACAUUAUUUGCCGCCACGGUUUGCCUUAUGAGAUCGUUACCGAUAACGGAUCGCAGUUUAUGUCAGACAACUUCAAAGAGUUCUGUGGCAAAUGGAACAUUCGACUAAGCCCCUCCACUCCUCGUUACCCGCAAGGUAAUGGCCAAGCAGAAUCCUCCAAUAAACUCAUCAUCGAUGACAUUAAAAACCGUCUGGAUCUGAAAAAAGGGUCACUGGGCUGACGAGCUCGACGGAGUCCUAUGGAGCCAUCGCACAACGCCGCGAGGAUCGACUAAAUCGACACCUUUCUCCCUCGCCUACGGCGUAGAAGCCAUGGCUCCCGCCGAAGUCAACGUUUCAAGCCUCCGACGCUCCAAGAUGCCUCAAUACGUCGAACUCAACAAGGAAAUGCUACUUGACGCCCUUGAUGAGAUAGAAGAACGACGAGAUCAAGCUCUGCUGCGCAUCCAGAACUAUCAACACCAGAUCGAGAGUUACUACAACAAAAGGGUCCGUGCCCGACCUCUGGAACUCGGUGACCUCGUCAUGCGCAAGGUGUUUGAAAACACUAGGGAGUUAAACGCCCGUAAACUCGGCGCCAGGUGGGAGGGACCUUACAAAAUCAUCAAAGUCGUCAAACCUGGAGUAUACCGACUUCAAACUUCACGUGGCGAAGAAGUUCCCCGAUCAUGGAACUCGAAGCACCUACGACGUUUCUACUCGUAGGUGUAUUACCAAAAAAGAAAAAAAAAAACCGAGUAGAUGCACCCCCGUGGUCACUUCUACUCGACCGAGUAAAUGCGCUACUCACGGCACUUUUACUCGGGGAAAACGAACUACGAAUGGCUUGAUCCUUAACCGAGGUACGUAGGCAGCCUUAAAAGGUCCAGCUGUAACAAAAUCAAAGUCAAAAUCUUGUUCUUUGUCUUAACUUCUACUGAGUAGAUACCUGUUAUCAAACCCAAGGGCUCCCGUGUCUCCAGCAGGAGAUACGCGGAAAAUAUCGUUCCAUUUCCUAGCUAUGUCCUGAUCAGACACUUAGCCUGAGGACCCAACAGUCGCUAGUCACCUAUGCCCAAGGAGCAUUGACCGACUAAACAGAGUGAAUCUUUAACCUUUCCUCGACUAAACGCGUAACGGACUAGCUACCCAAUUACUCGAUUGUCAUUGAGGAAACGGACGAAAGAACCUUCCACUCUUAGAUUCAGUCCCUUGUUUUCGAAUUAGAACGAUGCGCCUCGACGUCGUAUCGAUCGAAACACCACAAGAGCUGAAUAAAGCCCCCUAGCGGUUCGUUUCCUUAUCUAUUUGCGAAAGCCAAAGUUUGCAAGUACAGAUGAGAAACACAACAACCCACAAAUUUAAAGUCCGCUUAAAACAGCGACUUGCCGAUAAAAUAAAAGUAUGUCUAAUCGUACAACAACAAGGUCUAUCAAGACCACAAACAAAAAAGAAGAGGAGAAAAGAACAUAAGUAAAACAUCAAGGCACAAAAUCUUGAUCGUCAGGACCUUUGGUAGCGGCAGCAGUCGGGUCCUCCGCCCGAGUAGAAAUAGGGGCAAAAGAGUCUACAACAGGAGGUGGAGGAACAUUUGUAUCCCCAGCUUCGUAAGUCGUCUCCUCCUCAGCGGGACGUGGCAGCGACGUCUCCUCGACUCCAUCGUUUUCCUCCUCUUCAUCCUCUCGUCCUUCGGAGGAAGAAUCCGAGACAAGCACAGGAUCCUCGACGCCCAUGUUCUCGGUCUCUUCCUCUCGAACCAGAGUGUCGCCCAUCUCGAGGCCGUGCUUUCGAGGAAACCUCUCCAGAUUCUCAUUCUCUGGGCGCUCAUCAAAACCGCUUCCCACCGGGGACUUAGACAUGCUCAGUAGGGAUAGACGUGACGUCAACCAGUGGCUCCUCUGAUGGUUCCUCAACAACUUCGAACGAGGUAACGAGCCGAGAAGCCGUCUCUGGCCCGAUCAAAUUUACGUUCGGCCCAUAGGGAUCGAAUGACGUUCUGAACAGGUCCGCGACGAAACGAGAAGGAAGGACCAGCGGAGAAAGUGUAAGGUCGCUAUCAGACAGCGGCUCUACUCGGAGUUUCAUAACCUCCACCUCGUAAAGUUUCUCCUGCUCAGCGAAGACAUCGGUCAUUUCUUGGGGGAUCUCCGUCCCACUCGCCUUUAUAACCUCGAGGCACUUCUUCGUUCCCGAAGCUUGACCAUACAGGUUCUUUGCCUUCUCAAAAGCCUCCAGACGAGUAAAAUGGUCGCGCACGCGAUCAAAACGGCGACUUGCCUUCUCAGCCAUGGCAACCUCGACUUUUUCCCUCUCGCGAGUAACCUCCAAACCCCGGGAGUCCCUCAAGCGUUGCCUCUCUCUGAUUAAUUUGUCUACCGCGGCAUCUCUCUCUUCGACUAGCUCAGUCUUCUCCUUCUCCAGGUUCGCAGCCGUUUGCUCCAAAUGACUUUUCUCUCGGACGAGCUCUUUCCUCGCCGCGCUGGAAGAUUUAAGCUUCCCCUCCAGCUCUUCGAACUUCACUCGAAGAAUCUCUUUCUCCUCCGCGGCCUUCUCAUUGGCCUUCUUAUGCUCCGCCCUUACUCUCUCGAUGACCUUCAACCUCGUCUGGGCAAGCUUCUUCGAAGAUCCCAACUGGAUCAUCGUCUGUUUCAGAGUACUAUCGUAUUUCUCAACGAGAAAGUUCAUACUCCCGUCACUCUGCA